CAUGAGCCCAUAUCUUGGAAUAUCGAUGACGAUGGAGCUUGGAUACGCUUUGAAGAUGGAUUACCACUAUGUCUCCCAGAAAUGAUCUCUGCACUGGCUCCAUUGUGUCAAAAAGUGGAACAUAUUGCCAUUGGCUCUGACGAAGAUCCGUUUUUUCUUCGGGACAGAUCACAACCUUUCAUUCCAAUGAGAUCUGUCCUCUCCGUUUACCUUCUCUCAGGGUUUGCACCACUCCGUGACUCAUUACAGACCGUCAGUAGGUGUUUUCCAAAUGCAAAGAGUCUUGUGCUGGUUCGUGAAAGAGCACCACCAUUUGAAUUCACUUCCAGACACCACUCUGGCAUCUCGCUGCCUUCAUUGAGAAGAUUUGAAAUACGUAUGGGACAUAACCUCGAUACUCUUGGCAACCUCUUUCUGUUGCUUUUUUCUUACUGUCAAAACAUUGAAUCCCUCACCGUCACAAGCGAUAGAACUCUCAUAUGGGAGAAGCCAAGUACAGCCAUUAGAGAAUGUAAAUUACCUAACCUGACUGAUAUCCAUCUUGAAUUACGUGGGCACGAAGAACACUAUGCACUUCAGAUGAUUACAAACUUACUACGAGAAUGUCGUGUGAUGAGUCCUAGUUUGGAAUUUGUCAAAGUAGGAAGUGUACUGCUGGGAGAUGUAGUAAUAAGGAGUGCUGUAUGGUCCCGAACAUCUUCAGAUUGUUGGUUGCACAUUAAAGGUGCAUCAGCGGCUGUACCCAUAACUGACUUAAUUGAUCUUACAACUCGUGAACUUAAAGAGGUUAAGGUACUUGCACUUGUCGGUUGCAAGAAUGAUUUCGGUCAGUCUCAAAGUAAGUCCCUGCAAAGCCCGAAGGAACUUGGUACACUGCGGGAAAUCAGGUUCGUUGGUUCAGAAAAUCCACUUUCCGAAUCUGACAGGAACAAGCUUUCGGAGUUGUAUCCUAAUGUCAAAGUGACUGAAAAUCAGAUGAGUCAGGAAUCAUCUGUAGAAUCACAGGAGGGUGCAGGGAUACCUUCCAAGUUGGACAAGGCCUCCUCUCGAUCACUCAAGACAUCUGACAUAGUACCUGAUGAAGGAGAUGUCGAAACGACCAAGAAGGAGUGCUGCAAGAGAGUUGGAGCUGAUGGUGGUAGACUGCUGCUAGAGUCCUUUGGGAUUGAACUUGAGAUACCUCCUGGUGCAAUCGACAGCAAAGAGCCACAGGAAAUCUCUCUGCGUGUCCUGACCGAUACUCCUAAUCUUGGUGACACCGAAGAAGAGAUGUCAGUCUGCUUUGGUGUACAAUGCAUAGCUCCUGAUGACUUAGUACUGAGGUCACCGGUGACUUAUACAAUACCUCAUUGCGCUGUUGCAACACAGUACUCCGGUUUAAAGGCAGUCUUGUACUCGGGAGAGGGGGAAUACUCACCUCAUGCAGUUUUUAAAGAACGGAAAGUACUCUCAAGGUUUGGAAUACCCAGUUGUAACAUUAUGAAGGACGUGCUCGAACUCAAGAUGGAUCAUUUUUCAUGGGCGAAGAUUAAGAUCGGGAUCAAGAGCUUUUUCUUCCGCGGAAAGAAGAUGUGCUGUUGGCCAUUUAAACAGAAGAACCUGCCCCUAGCUAAGAAACCCAUCAUCUUACAUGCACACCUUUAUGACGAUGUGAAAGGGAACAAAAAGGUGGUGAGAGAGGAUGAGGAGGAAUUGGGAUUCACCCCUGCUCAUAUCGAACAAAAUGUCUUUAUCCAGAACGCAGAAGUUGAUCUUGAAAUGGGAUGUUAUGUCAAGAAUAAGAAGAUUGGAGAAAUUGCUGUUGUAUCAUUCGAUAGACUGACAAGUGGAACCAGGAUUUGUGAACCCUUUGAGCUGGAUUUCAGUAAUCAGCCAGACAAUGUUGCAGUAUCACUUAGAGCAGGACAAACCAAGAAACUGGAGGUCAAGUGUUUAUUCCCAUUAGACUUUCCCAUUCCUCAAAAAGUAGAAAAGUCCUCGCAACUAGAUACAGAACAACUAGAAGGUGCUACUGGUCAAACACCAUGCCAACAAAAAGAAAAAUCCCCAGAGAUGAAUCCUGCUCGAAAGAAGGACUUUGAUGACAUCCUUAAAACUGUUGCAAAAAAGAUUACCUCACGUGAAUACAUUGAUGAUCUGGGAAAGGCUCUUGGCUUUGGACCAGAGGAUAUCAACCGUUACGUUGAGGAAAACAACAAAGGACCGGGUGUGUCGUACAUGGGAACUCUUUCCAUGCUCCGAGAUUGGAGUAAGAAGCAAACAAAUGAUAAAGACCGGAAAACCUUACGGACUGCUCUAGAAAAGGCUGGUCAAAUCCGUCUCGCUGAAGAACUAUUUAGAGAAUGAUUUAAUGGAACUCAUGAGUUUUGU